UGCCAGAUUUGUGAGUCUCUGUGGCUUGAUGGCUCUCACUUACUCUGUGUCUAAUCCAAAGCCAUCUUUUUACCAAAGCAAUAGAGGAAUGGUGCACAGUUUGAUUACAGAAUGAUCUUUCCAAGGAAGUGAACUGUGAAGGAAGGACUCAUGAGUUUUGAUCCCAGGGGCUUGGAGAGCAUCCCUGAUGGCUGCUCCAAUGAGGACCUUCCUGAGGUGGAGUUGGUGAGCAUGCUGGAAGAACAGUUGCCAGAUUACAAGUUACGAGUGGAUUCUCUGUACCUGUAUGAAAAUCCAGACUGGAUUCAGCCCACGGCUUGCCAUGGCCGGCUGCCGGAGAUCGCUGCUCCAGCUCGUGAGGAGAACUCCUUCCGUUACAUGAUUCUUGGCACAGAUAACGUGGAGCAGAAAGACUACAGUGAAGCUGACAUGGUCAAACGUCUGCUGGCUGAGAAAGAUCGGGACCUGGAACUGGCAGCACGAAUUGGACAAGCCCUCCUUAAGCGAAACCAUCUGUUGAUGGAACAGAAUGAAGCACUGGAAGAACAGUUAGGUCAAACUCUAGACAGAGUUAACCAGCUGCAGCAUGAGCUGUCAAAGAAGGAUGACCUGCUCCGUAUUGUUUCCAUCGCUUCCGAGGAGAGCGAGACGGAUUCCAGCUGUUCCACACCCCUGCGGUUCAACGAGUCCUUCACGGCCUGCCACGAUCCAUUGCAGCUGGAUGUGCUGCAGGAUAAACUCCGGGAGCUGGAGGAGGAGAACCUGGCUCUGCGGUCCAAGGCUUGCCAUCUGAAGUCAGAAACCAUUACGUACGAAGAGAAGGAACAGCAGCUGGUCAAUGACUGUGUCAAAGAACUCCGGCAAACAAAUGCUCAGAUUUCCAGGAUAACAGAGGAGUUGUCAGAGAAGAGUGAGGAGGUGAUUCGUUACCAGGAAGAGAUCUCAUCCCUUUUGUCUCAGAUUGUUGAUCUUCAACAUAAACUCAAAGAAAAUGUGAUUGAGAAGGAGGAGCUGAAACUUCACUUACAAGCCUCCAAAGAUGCUCAGAGACAACUAACAGCAGAGCUCCAUGAGUUGCAAGAUCGGAAUGUGGAGUGUCUGGGGAUGUUGCACGAGUCCCAGGAAGAAGUGAAGUUGCUGCGCAGCAGAGCCAGCUCCGUCGCUUGCCUCUGCCACCCGCAGUCCCGUGGAGCAUUUCCCGUGGAUUCCCUUGCAGCAGAAAUUGAAGGGACAAUGCGGAAGGAAUUGAGUCAGGGUGAUGAAUCUGUUCUCUCCAAGCAAAAGGAUCAACAGAAACGAGUGUUUGACACUGUCAAGGUUGCUAAUAUCAUCCGUGGCCGCUCCUCCUCCUUUCCUGCCCCGUUGCCAAUCCCUGGAUCCAAUCGCUCGAGUGCUGUUAUGACAGCAAAGCCCUUCCAGUCUGGCUUGCACCACUUGGAGAGCCACGCACGGAUGGCCCCAGGCAGCAGCUCUGAGAAGAACUUGAAAGAUGCUCACAGUCCCAGCCAGCCGGGAACCCCUGGAGACAAUGACCUGGUCACAGCUCUGCACAGGCUCUCCCUGCGUCGUCAGAACUACCUGAGUGAGAAGCAGUUCUUUGAGGAGGAGUGGGACCGAAAAAUGCAUUUGCUGGCUGAGCAGAAAGAAGAGGCUAGUGGCUGCAGUACACCAUCAGAAAGCUCUUUCUCCCCAAGUACAAACUCAGAAUUCACAGAUCUCUCUGCCAGCUCUAGCAAUCUCCGUGUUCUCCUACCAGAGAAGUUGCAGAUUGUCAAACCCAUUGAAGGAUCUCAGACCCUUUUUCAUUGGCAGCAGCUUGCUCGACCCAACCUAGGCACCAUUCUUGACCCAAGACCAGGUGUUGUUACUAAAGGCUUUACCCCUCUGUCUGAUGAUACUGUGCACCACAUCUCUGACCUGGAGGAAGAUGAUGAGGAAGAGGGUGAAGGAGGUAUAACAUUUCAAGCACAACAGUCCUUCCCAGAGGAAAAGAAAUGUGUGUUGGCAAAACCAGUGGCAGGGAUUUUCCUGCCACCUAUUACUUCAGCAGCAGUACCACUCACUGUUGCAGCCUCAAAUCCAGGGAAGUGUCUAUCUUCAACAAAUUCCACAUUUACCUUCACUACCUGUAGGAUCCUUCACCCAUCUGAUGUCACCCAAGUUACUCCCAGCUCCAUGGGUGCUUCAUUUUCACUGGGGAAUACUGGUAGCAGUACUGGAAACUCAGUAGUGAGCACUCCAGCCAUUCCUUACAGACUCAGUAUUGGAGAAUUUCUCACCAACAGAAGAGACUCAACUACUACUUUCAGCAGCACAAGCAGCCUGGCUAAACUUUUGCAAGAACGGGGCAUCUCUGCCAAGGUUUACGACAGCCCCGUGUUAGAAAAACUGCCUGUGCUGCAACCCCCUCGAACUCUUCCCAUUCCUUCUACUCCACCAAAUUCUCCUUCGCGCUCGCCUUGUCCUUCCCCUCCACUGUUUGAGCCUCGAGUGCAUCACUCCGAGAAUUUCCUGGCUUCUCGACCAGCAGAAACGUUCUUGCAGGAAAUGUGUGGCCUGAAGUCCUCCCGUAACGUCCCAGACCUAGGCCAGCUGAAGAUGAACCUCGUGGACAGACUGAAGAGGCUGGGCAUUGCCAGGGUCAUCAAGCCCCCUGAAACACAGAACCAUGACAAGAAUCAGAGGCCAGACGUUGGCUUGCAGAGGCAGGACUCAGCUGGGUUUUUAAAUGCAGGUAGCAACCUAAUGGCAGGACUGAGAAGAAACCAGAGUCUUCCAGCCAUGAUUGGAGCACUGGGAGCUCCUAUUUGCACACAGUCAUCAAAAAUGGAUAUACUAAAGGAAGACUAACUGGCCUGAAAGGUG